CAUCUGCUCCUCUCAGCUCUACCUUCCAGCCUCUCACAUCUUCCUCAGCCUUCUCGUCUUCAGAACCAUGUCUUGCAGAUCCACCGUGAGGAGCCAAAGCACCAGCCGUCGGGGCUUCAGCGCCGGCUCAGCCCGAGUCCCUGGGGUCUGCCGCUCUGGCUUCAGCAGCGUGUCGGUGUCCCGCUCCAGGGGCGGUGGUGGCCUGGCUGGAGUGUGUGGAGGGGCUGGCUUUGGCAGCCGCAGCCUCUAUAACCUGGGGGGCACCAAGAGGAUCUCCAUCAGUGGUGGAUACGGCAGCAGAUACGGAGGUGGCUUUGGCUUUGGCUUUGGAGGUGGAGUUGGGAGUGGAUACGGUUUUGGUGGUGCAGCUGGGCUCGGUGGUGGAGCUGGCUUUGCUGGUGGCUAUGGGGGCGCUGGCUUCCCUGUGUGCCCCCCUGGAGGCAUCCAAGAGGUCACCGUCAACCAGAGUCUCCUCACUCCUCUGAACCUGGAAAUCGACCCCACCAUCCAGAGAGUGAGAACUGAGGAGCGGGAGCAGAUCAAGACCCUCAACAACAAGUUUGCCUCCUUCAUCGACAAGGUGCGGUUCCUGGAGCAGCAGAACAAGGUCCUGGACACCAAGUGGACCCUGCUGCAGGAACAGGGCACCAAGACAGUGAGGCAGAACCUGGAGCCUUUGUUUGAGCAGUACAUCAACAACCUCAGGAGGCAGCUGGACAGCAUCCUGGGGGAGAGAGGCCGCCUGGACUCGGAGCUGAGAAGCAUGCAGGACCAGGUGGAGGACUUCAAGAACAAGUAUGAAGAUGAAAUCAACAAGCGCACAGCAGCGGAGAAUGAAUUUGUGAAACUGAAAAAGGAUGUGGAUGCUGCCUACAUGAACAAGGUUGAACUACAAGCCAAGGCAGAUAACCUCACAGAUGAGAUCAACUUCCUAAGAGCCUUUUAUGAAGCAGAACUGGCUCAGAUGCAAACCCACAUCUCAGACACUUCUGUGGUCCUCUCCAUGGACAACAACCGCAGCCUGGACCUGGACAGCAUCAUCAGCGAAGUCAAGGCCCAAUACGAGGAGAUUGCUCAAAGGAGCCGGGCUGAGGCUGAGUCCUGGUACCAGUCGAAGUAUGAGGAGCUGCAGGUGACGGCAGGCAGACACGGGGACGACCUGCGCAACACCAGGCAGGAGAUCUCUGAGAUCAACCGCAUGGUCCAGAGGCUGAGAUCUGAGAUCGACCACGUCAAGAAGCAGUGCGCCAACCUGCAGUCCGCCAUCGCUGACGCUGAGCAGCGUGGGGAGCUGGCCCUCAAGGACGCCAAGAACAAGCUGGUCGACCUGGAGGACGCCCUCCAGAAGGCCAAACAGGACAUGGCCCGGCUGCUGAAGGAGUACCAGGAGCUGAUGAACGUCAAGCUGGCCCUGGACGUGGAGAUCGCCACCUACAGGAAGCUGCUGGAGGGCGAGGAGUGCAGGCUGAGUGGGGAAGGCGUUGGACCAGUCAACAUCUCCGUGGUGCAGUCCACCGUCUCCAGCGGCUAUGGCGGUGCCAGCGGUGGCAGCGGUGGCUUAAGCCUGGGCGGAGGCAGUGGCUACUCCUACAGCAGUGGUGGUCACAGCCUUGGAGGUGGCUUCAGUUCUGGCAGUGGCAGAGCCUUGGGAAGUGGCCUCAGCUCUGCCGGGGGCAGCAGCUCCACCAUCAAAUACACCACCACCACCUCCUCCAGCAGGAAGAGCUACAGGCACUGAAGCCCUUCCUUCAGCCUUGGUCCCACAGUGUCUCUGGGCCCCUCAGCUGCCCUCUCCUCCAGUUGCUUUCUCUCUCCUGCUUCCUUCUUCUCUUCCUUCUUGAAUUAGAACUGAAAGUUCUGAGUGCCCUCAUCUCUCUGCCAAUACCUGCUCCACCUGAGGUUCCCAAACUCACCAUCGGGAAGGUCAUUGCCAGGGUCCUACUCCAGAACAGGGCAAGUCCCCCUUGCUUCCCACUGGCCCAGGAGUUCCCCAUCUUACAGGGUCUGGGCCCUCCCUUGCAGUGAUCAUUGAAAGCACAAGUGACUAGUUCUCUGAUGUGCAGGGUCUGUAUCCCUGUGAUGUUUCCUCAUCUCUUUGCUCAAUUCUAAUUGCUAAAUAAAGCAGAUUUAUAAUAUAA